UUAUUAGUCACUAAAACGAACUUAUUAAUAAUUUCAGCUAAUAAUACUUUGGUGUAAACUUUGUUUGAAAUAAAAGGUGUUUUAAAACAACUUAUCAUUGGGACAAGUCUCUUGCAUUUUGUUUAUAAGCUAUAGAAAGAAGGGGUUCGGCUCACACGAGAAUCUAUGGACGAGUUCGCUGACAUGCAAAUUGAGCUCGAAAAGUCCUUUGCGAGUGAGAAUAUGGUGAAGUAAUUGUUUGCAGUUGUAAGCAAACCGAAACAACGAAGUAUUCUGACCCAAAAUAAGCACAAACAAAUAGCAAAAAACGAAACCCAAAUAUUGCAAACAAAAGGCCCAUAUCAUUCUUAGUUACGCUCUCUUUCUCUUCCACGAUCGGCGGGGGGCUGCUGUGGUAAAAAAACUAUUCUCUAUUCCGCCUCAACCCGAAACAGCUUUCUCAAUCAACGACCAUCUGCGAGUAAUGGAUAACAUAGUAGAUUCCUUAAACAAAGCCUACCAAGAAUUUGUUGCAGCAGCAGGUAAUGUCCUCGAAACUAAGGGAUCUUCGGCUGCCCAAAAGACGGAAUCCACGGAUACGGCAUUGGAAAGCUUUAAACAAAAGUGGGAAACCUUCGGACUGGCUUGCGAUCAAGCUGAGGAGUUUGUUGAGUCAAUCAAACAAAGGAUAGGAUCCGAGUGCUUAGUCGAUGAAGCCACCGGGAAUUCGUCGGAGCCGUCGACUGGGCUGCCCCCCAUCAGUGCCGUCCGUUUGGAGCAGAUGAGUAAAGCUGUUAGAUGGCUUGUGAUUGAGUUGCAGAACGGUUCGGGAACUGCUUCCGCCCACCCAUCGACACCUUUCGAUGGUAGGUUCUCGGAGGAUGGUGGUCAGUAGGUAGGGUGUUUGUCUUUUUGGAUUCAAUGUGCAUUUAAAUUGCCAAAUGAUGAAAAAUCCAUAGUUUUAUAUGCGUUAAAUUAAUGAACUCGUUGCUUUAAGUUUGUUGUUGUAGAAUUUCAGAGGGAUGGCAUCUUCUGUAUUAAUUAUGUAAAUUAUAGUGCAAAGCCAUUGUUUAUGGGAAGCAUCCCAUCUCCAAGCUAUGUAAUUUUUAUAACCACAGGUUGAAUAGUAGUUUGUCUUUUUGUCUUUGUUUAUGCAUCAUUGGACAUUUACAGUCCUACAAAA